AUGCAAGUUCGAUCGCUACUGCUUCAACUUCUUCUAUCACUGACUAUGUCUCAAGUCACAUCGGGGUUCUCGAUAAGUAAUAUCCCUGCUGGAUCCAAGGUCGCACAAGCUAAAACUACCACUGCAAUGCGAUCGGCUUCAUUGGAUGAAAACGACGUUCGACCAAAGUGGAUUGAUCUUCCAAGCCCUCCAAAAGCGCGAAACGUCAUUGAAGAAUCCGCUGGGAUAGAAAUUGCAAUUGGCCGCGUUGCCAUGGUCGGUUUCGUUGGGUUAUUUGCCAAGGAAGUCAUUUCAGGGGAGAGUUUCGGCCAACAAAUUGUUGACGCUGUCAUGGUCGCAAGCGGCAACCAUUGA